AUGGAUUCCACUUCCUCAUUUUCUUCAUUUUGUGAUCUGCCGGAGAUAGAAGAGUCAUCUACAGGGAGUACUUUUGAGUUUUUUAAACAAGUGUACGCCAAGCUUGAAGAUACUGGCACCUCUUCCAAUGAGUUCUUACAUAGGCCGACAUCUCAUGACGUUGCUCUCAUCACACAAGCUCAUGAAGAAAGACACCGCAUUCCAGGAAUGCUUGUUAGUCUUGAUUGUACACACGUCGAAUGGAGGCUAUGCCCUAAAAACUUAAAAGGGCAAUACACCAGGGGUGAUCAUAAGCAGUCGCCAUUGUUUCAAAACAAGCGUAAUGGAUCUGCGCUAGACAGUUCAUUUAUCGCAAAUGGAUGGCAUUCCAAGCGUAGUGACUACCUUACCGAUGGAAUCUAUCCAAGGUGGGAUGCGUUUGUUAAUGCUUAUCCGCAUCCAGUAGAACAAGAUGAAAGGAAAUUGAAAAUACUACAAGAGGCUGCAAGAAAGGAUGUUGAGCGGACGUUUGGUGUUCUCAAGGAAAAAUGGAAGAUUUUGGACCGUUCCCUCCGGCUAUGGACAGAGGAGAAGAUCGGAAAAGUUGUCGCCACGUAUAUAAUACUACAUAAUAUGAUUAUAAAAGACAACGGGCGGACAAUAUCACCGGUUCAUAUUAUGGAUUCACCUGUGCCAAGAGUUUAUAACCCGGAAGCAAACCGGGAGUUACAAGACGAAAACGUGCAUCAUAGGCUCCGAUAUGAUCUCACGGCGCAUAUAUCGGCUUUAGACUAUCAUACCUUGAUGAUCCAAUGA